GAAUCAUCAAAAUUUUACCACCGCAGGAGUUAUUGAUGGCAUUUUACACGCCUCUCUCAUUCUCUCUCUUACCCCCACCAAAGAUGUCCCCUGUUUUCUACUUCUCUGUUCUGGUGUAUUUACUCUCUCCGUUUUGCACCGCCCAAGAGGGCAGCGCCUCCGUUGGCGACGGAGGAGUGAGGGUGGAGCUCUGGUGCGUGGCCAAGAACAACGCCGAGGACGCUGCGAUUCAAUCAGCGAUUGACUGGGCCUGUGGGGCAGGCGGUGCAGACUGUGGGCCCAUUCAGCCCGGUGGGCCGUGCUACGACGCCUCCGACAUCCAGCGGACGGCGACUUAUGCCUUCAACAAUUACUUCAUUAAAAAUGACAUGACUAAUGACAGCUGUGAUUUCCAGAACACCGCUGCUCUUAUCUCCCUAAACCCUAGUUUUGGUAAUUGCAAGAUCCCAUCAAGCCUAAGCAAACCAAUAAGUAUAGUUGUAGGAACUACACAAGCAGAUGUUUACAGUAGCAGUUGUAUACAAGUUGGAAGAUGGAUGUGGGAUUCGGUCACAAUCAGUGUCUUGUUUGUACCUUUAUUUAUUUUUUGAGGAUGUUAAAGAUGGUGGCAAAAUGGCAUUUCCCAAGAUCAUCUGAAUACAUGUACUUCCCCUUUAGGUCUGCAAUCCUUUUUUUGUAUCUAGCAACUUUGUAGGACAGCCUGCAACAAUUGUUUGCUCUUCAAUCUGACCCUAUGGGUAAUUGUAAUUGUAGUUUCUAGCUUAGGAUGUUGAUCAAUCAUAGACUUUUAUCAACUCUUAGCUUGAAUCUUAGAGCCCGUUUGGUAGAACAAAAAUCG